AUGUUUUCUCGACUAGAUUUGAAAAUUUCGGAAAAUGAGGCGCUUGAAAUUCUGAAAGUAGCGUCUCCGAGGAGUGAAUUAGACAUAACUGAUAAUGGAGCUUGUCCUAUUGUUAAUGGAGCACAGACGGCUUGGGAUAUGCUACACGAGGAGGAAUCUUCUGUGCGUAUUACAACAUCCUGCUCAGAUCUGGAUGACAUCCUAGGUGGAAGAAUUAAUUGUAAAGAAGUUACUGAAGUUGGUGGAGUGCCAGGCAUUGGUAAAACACAACUGGGGAUUCAACUGGCAAUAAAUGUUCAAAUUCCAGCUGAUUAUGGUGGCCUUGAAGGAAAGGCAGUUUAUAUAGCUUACAGCACUACAUAUUGUGAUACGGAAGGCAGUUUUAUGGUCGAACGUGCUUUUCAAAUUGCCGAGGCAUGCACAGAGGACAUGCAAGAAUAUAAUAGCUUCCUACGGAAGGACUCGAAGGACUCUCAAGCCUGUCAAAUUAGGAAGGACCCUAAGGAUUUUCUUGACAAUAUAUUCUAUUUUCAUAUUUGCAGUUACACAGAGCAAAUUGCUGUUAUAAAUUAUUUGGAGAAAUUGGUCUCAGAGCAUAAAGAUGUAGGUAGCAAAAAUAUUUAA